CGUACCACCAACUACUCCAACCAUGGCAUCUGCAAGCAGCUCCGCACAGGCCGCCUUCGGGCUGGGCCGGAGGAAGAAGAGCCCCGGCCUCCUGGAUCAGAUUGGAACUUUCUUUGGAGGGGACAAGAAGAGGAAGAGCAAGGGAUCUUUCCGAGGGGCUCUCUCUCCAGGCCCCCAGAAGGCCUCCACAACUUCCCCACGUAAGCGUGGCGCCGAGAACGCCGUGGUGCAUUUCUUCCGCACGAUCGUGUCCCCCGCCCCUCCCAAGUCGAGGUGGAGCGGACUAGCAGCCACCAUGGGCCUGGGCGACCAGAAGUCACAGUCUGCUAAAGCCAAGAAGGCCAGUGCAGGGGACGGCAAAGGCACCCUCACUAGGAUCUUCAAAAUGGGAAGCAGGAGCUCUUCUCCGGGCAAACGCUGAAGUCCCUCGCUGCUCCGACCCCUUCCAACAGCACGAGGGGGCAGAUGUUCAAGAUCACAAAUGAGGGGGGGGGAUGAA